AUGCAUACGAAUUCUGCAACCUAUGGCCUGUGGCUAAUCAGUUUUCUGCGGCUCGCCAUUCUUGCUUUGUGUGAUACGCAGGAAGUCAAUGUUGGCUUCAUCCUUGAGGGGCCAGCCGAGAGAGAGACCACAGUCAUUCAAAAGGCGAUAACAGCAGCGAAUAGGAAACUGGCUGAACUCCUGAGCGGUCAGUCUCAUCAGGUUACGCUGGCUCCUCUGAUAAAACACAUCGACCCCCGAAAUGCCUUUGCUGCCACGAAAGCAGCAUGCGACCUGCUGAUGGACCAAGUGAUCACUGUCUUUGGACCCGAAAGCACACUAGCUUCGACUCGGGUUUUAUGGGUCGCUCAGAAAUAUAGCAUUCCCUACGUGGUGGUCCAGUGGGGAGAUGAUGAGCCCCUCCACAAUUACUCCAUCAACCUCCACCCCUCAUACAAUGAAGUGGGUCGCGUCCUUCGACGGUUCAUCGAGGAAGCUGAAGAUUGGACGCAUCUCGGAAUCAUCUAUGCUGAUGACGAAGGACUCGAAAAAUUUGAAAGUUUGCUGACUUACUUCAAGGGCGAGGUCAUGAUGCGCAAGUGGGACACCAAUGAUAUGGAACACAAAUACGUCAUCAAGUACUUCAGGACAACGAUGUCACAGUUUCGUUUUGUGGUUGACAUUCCGCAGUCAGAAAUACCCGAUUUUCUUGAUCUGAUCGCCGAGUACAACAUGACAAAUCAGUAUUACAGUUACAUCUUUACGGACUGGGAUACGCAGUUUUUGGACCCAAAAGCCUUUGCUGUCGACAAGGGUGCCAACUUCUCUGCCAUCGCCCUCACAAACAUUGUGGGUCAGCAGUACCAGCCUCCACCGCAUCAGGACAUAAACCGACAGGCUGCGCCCAAGACUGGUGUCGCCUCGGAGCCGGGAGCUGCAAACGGACGUGAGAGUCUGACCCAUUAUCUACUUCUUUACGAUACGCUGCAUCUUUUGGCCGUUGGUAUUUCGAGGUUCAUUUCCACAACCUCCCUUGCAAUCCAACCUCCCUCGGGUCUGUCCUGCAGCUCAGGAGACACAUGGAGCCAGGGAACGACUAUUCUAGAGAGUAUUAAAUCGGUGGGUCCCGAUGAUGUCAAUGGUUUCACCGGACGCAUUCUAUUUGAUGAGCAUGGUCGUCGAAAGGGCGUAAAUAUCAGCGUUCUGGAGAUAAAUCGUGAGGGUUUUCAAGAGUUUGGCUACUGGAACGAGAUCGAUGAAUUCGUGGUCACAAAAAAGUUUGCUGAAACGCAGGCUGAAAUACAAAAAGAACUAAAGGGCCAGACUCUCAGAGUGACAACGCUUGAGGAUACACCAUUCAUAAUGUACAAGGGUAACCUAACGGCCACCGGCGAGAAAUCAGUGGAUCCCAAGGACUGGCAUGGCUUCUGCAUAGACCUGCUAAAUGAAUGUGCCGCAAUGCUGCAUUUCAACUAUACCGUCCAUCCGGCCGCCGAUGGUAGCUACGGCAGGGCUCAAAUAAUUGACGGCGUUGAAAUUUGGGAUGGCAUAAUCGGCGAUCUCCAGUUCAAGAUUCUCGAGAUUGCCAACUAG